UCCGGCAAAUCCUGGACAACGGAAGUGCUUAAACCUGCUGUGUAAUUGUAACUCCUCGGUAGCUACGUGAGACCUGAAUCUGUAUUUUAUUAAUUCGAACAGGAUUACAUUUUCAAAGCGAAACAAUGCCUGAUUAUUUGGGAACUGAACAGCGCAAAGUCAAAGAAGAAGAAAAAGAUGAUAAACCCAUAAGAGCUUUGGAUGAAGGCGACAUCGCUCUCCUGAAGACAUAUGGUCAAAGUACGUAUUCUAGACAGAUCAAGCAAGUGGAAGAUGACAUUCAGCAACUCCUCAAGAAAAUCAACGAACUCACUGGCAUUAAAGAGUCAGACACGGGAUUGGCCCCUCCAGCCCUUUGGGAUUUGGCUGCAGAUAAGCAGACCCUGCAGAGUGAACAGCCCUUACAGGUGGCCAGGUGCACCAAGAUCAUCAAUGCUGAUUCUGAAGAUCCAAAGUACAUAAUCAAUGUGAAGCAGUUUGCUAAGUUUGUGGUGGACUUGAGUGACCAGGUUGCUCCCACUGACAUUGAAGAAGGAAUGAGAGUUGGGGUUGACAGAAACAAGUACCAGAUUCACAUUCCUCUUCCUCCCAAAAUUGACCCAACUGUCACCAUGAUGCAGGUGGAUGAGAAACCAGAUGUGACCUAUAGCGACGUUGGUGGGUGCAAAGAGCAGAUUGAGAAGCUGAGGGAGGUGGUUGAGACACCAUUGCUCUAUCCUGAACGAUUUGUCAACCUGGGCAUUGAGCCGCCCAAAGGCGUCCUGCUUUUCGGCCCCCCAGGCACAGGCAAGACGCUGUGUGCCCGGGCUGUGGCCAACCGCACAGAUGCCUGCUUCAUCCGCGUCAUUGGCUCUGAGCUGGUGCAGAAGUAUGUGGGAGAGGGCGCAAGAAUGGUGCGUGAGUUGUUCGAGAUGGCCAGAACCAAGAAGGCUUGCCUCAUUUUCUUUGAUGAAAUUGAUGCCAUUGGAGGGGCCCGUUUUGACGAUGGCGCUGGUGGAGACAACGAGGUCCAGAGGACCAUGUUGGAGCUCAUCAACCAGCUAGAUGGCUUUGACCCAAGGGGCAAUAUUAAAGUCCUGAUGGCGACCAACCGACCCGACACAUUGGAUCCAGCCCUGAUGAGACCUGGCCGAUUGGAUCGGAAGAUCGAGUUCAGCUUGCCCGAUUUGGAGGGUCGCACACACAUCUUUAAGAUCCACGCCCGCUCCAUGAGUGUCGAGAGGGACAUCCGCUUUGAGCUGCUGGCUCGCCUCUGCCCCAACAGCACAGGUGCGGAGAUCCGCAGCGUCUGCACGGAGGCAGGCAUGUUUGCCAUCCGGGCCCGCAGGAAAAUCGCCACAGAGAAGGACUUCCUGGAAGCUGUGAACAAGGUCAUCAAGUCCUACGCGAAGUUCAGCGCCACCCCAAGAUAUAUGACCUACAACUGAACAACGUGUGUCUUUUUUUUUUUUUUGUCACUUGGUUUUGGGUAGCUUCUGUAGUGUGUCCACGAAGCCCGGUGGGAAAGAAUGUAUAAAUAUCACUGAAAUAAAAAAGCAGAGUCCUACAGAUUUUGAAAAAUAA